UGAUUUAGACCCAGAGUACAUCCAUUUUCAUGAAGAUGGACGACCGGUGUACUGGAGUCAAAAUCCAUCUUUUAAGAAUCGCACCGCUCUGUUUGUGGAUGAACUGAAGAACGGAAACGCCUCCAUGAAAAUCUUCAAAGUGAAAAUUUCUGAUACAGGAAAAUAUUUGUGUAUCUUGAAUUCACUAAAGAAGGAUGCGUCCAUCCAACUCACUGUUGGUGUCGUCUCCAUGCCCGUCAUAGAGUUUGUCUCCAAUCAGAGCAGAGAGGUGGUUUUACAGUGUGAGGCUAAAGGCUGGUAUCCAGAGCCUGAGGUGUUCUGGCUGGACGCUGAGGGAAACCUCCUCUCUGCUGGACCUACAGAGACAGUCAGAGGUCCUGAUGACCUCUAUACUGUCAGCAGAAGAUUGACUGUGGAGAAGAGCGACAGCUUCACCUGUAGAGUCCAACAGAAGAACAUCAACCAGACCAGAGAGACACACAUCUAUGUUCCAGCUCAUUUCUUCUGGACCUCAUCUCAGUUUGUCGCGAUCCUCUCCAUCAUCAUCUCCAUCAUCAUUAUUGUUGGAUUCUUGGGGGUGAUGCUCAGAUUAUGGUUAAAAAAAGCAGGCCU